AAGGCUACGGGACAUGUGCCUUUUCGUCUCUUAUUGAUCGGUGCGCGCACACAACGAAAAGAGUCGCACGGGAAACUCGGAGAAAGAGAACAAGAUCGAGCGAGCGGGCGAGCUAGCGAGCGAGCGACCGACCGAGAGAGAGAGAGAGAGAGAGAGAGAGAGGGUGGACAGAGAGAGAGCGAGAGCGAGAGCGAGAGCGAGAGAGAGAGAGAGAGAGAAAGAGAGAGAGAACGUGUAAUCAAUUUUGUUGAAUUUUCCAAAAAUCUCCAAAGAACAUUCUCUCAUUUCCAUUGCGAAUGGAUUCUCUUGGCAAGUUUCUCGAAACAUCAUCGAGUCGUUCACGAAGGGCGGAUACUCGCCUACGCCCGCGCGACUAUUCCUGGAGGAUCGCGAGACUCUGAUUUUCUUCUUCUUCUUCUUCUUCUUCUGCUUCCUUCUCUUUCUCUCCUCCUCCUUCUCCUCCUCCUCCUCCUUCGCCAGUUUCUUAAUGCGUUCCUUCUCUCUCUUCUCGAUGGGGCUUCGUCUUUAAAGGGACGAUCGUGGACACUCGGAGGACCAGAGGAUUCCGAGCUGUCCUGUAAAGAGUCCACAACCACUGAAGGAGUUUGUCGGCCGCUGUCAAACGAUGCCAUCGAGAGUGAAGAAGUCUUUUUGCGGUUGCCUCCAAGAUGACGAGCCACCGGAAAUCACGUACUGCGUGGUGGAACACACUGGUACGCUCACGCUUCAAGCGAUGACACCGACUUUGCCAAUGCCGGCCGAAGAAGAAUUGAACAAGAUGUUCCUCGAGUUGGUCGACGAGCUCGAUUUGACGCAGGCCAAUCGGCAGGCGGUUCUGGCACUUCCGGCUAACAAGAAAUGGCAGAUAUAUUGUUCCAGAAAGGGAAAUGGAACGCUCGAAAACGGAGGCUUGAGAACGACCGAUCUCAGCGGGGAUCCUGACGAUUACAUCGACAGGAUCAGGGCCAUUGCCAGCAGUCAGUUCCCGGAGGAAGGAGAGGAGGCAGCGAUACGAAUGCGUCAAGUGGAGGCCCUGAAGACGGCUCUGAGAACGCAACCGCACAGCUUCGUCCUAAGGUUCAUCGAACUGGACGGUUUGAACGCUUUACUGCAGGUUCUGGAAAGAAUGGACGUCGAGGCGGCCAACAGCAACCUCCACACAAGCGUGAUUGGUUGUUUGAAAGCUUUGAUGAACAAUUCGAAUGGCAGAGCACACGUACUGGCACAUCCGACAGCGAUCAAUACCAUAUCUCAAUCACUCGCGACGGAGAACAUAAAGACAAAAAUUUCGGUAUUGGAAAUACUCGGUGCCGUAUGUUUGGUACCCGGUGGCCAUCGUAAAGUUUUGGAGGCUAUGCUGCACUUUCAACAAUAUCAUUCCGAGAGAACGCGUUUCCAAAGCAUAAUAAACGAUCUCGACAAAAAUUUCGGCAUCUACAAGGACAAUCUCUCUCUCAAAACGGCCAUAAUGUCCUUCAUCAACGCCGUCCUUAAUUACGGGCCCGGUCAAGUCACCUUGGAGUUUAGGCUCCACCUCAGAUACGAAUUACUCAUGCUCGGCAUCCAGCCGAUUAUUGAAAAACUAAGGAAGUACGAGAACGAGACGCUCGACAGGCAUCUCGAUUUUUUCGAGAUGGUUAGGAACGAGGACGAGAAGGAACUGGCUAGGAAGUUCGAGAAGGAACACGUGGACACCAAGAGUGCCACGGCCAUGUUCGACUUGUUGAGGCGAAAACUCAGCCAUACGGCGGCCUAUCCUCAUCUGCUUAGCCUGUUGCAACAUUGCUUGCUGUUACCACUCGAUUACGGCUCACACCCGCAACAUUGGCUACUGUUCGAUCGGAUCGUCCAACAAAUCGUCCUGCAGACCGAGGGAAACGAAUCGGGGGCGCCGAAAAAUCCUGACGUCGCGCCGAUCGACAUCAACGUGAAGGAAAUCGUUCGUCUGUUGGCCAAGGAGGAGGAACUGGUCGCUGCCAGAAAGAAAGCCGAAGAAUUGGAACGCGAGAAUUCCGACAUGUCGACGAGAUUGGCCAAGAAGGAACAGGAGCUCGAUUUGCGAACGCAAGAGAAGGAGGACAUGGAGGCAAGCUUGGCGAGGAUCAAGGAGCGUCUAGAGAAGGAAACGUCGAUGCAUAUAGAGACCAAGCAGAGGAUAUCGGAGUUGCAGGACAACCUCGAGACCCUGUCGCGUCAAAUCAAUAACGAAAAGUCCGAGAGGAAGCGACUGGAGCAGUUGGUAGCGUCGGGAAGUUUACCGGACGAUGCCAAGGCUACUUUGAAGAUCGUAGACGACGAGGUCCUCGAAAAGGUCGAAGCCAAGCCGUCGCCGCCUCCGCCGCCUCCGCCGCCUCUGGCACCGCCUCCGCCGCCUUGUCUGAUGCCAGCCGCACCGCCUCCCAUGAAGGUCGAGAUAGUAAAGAACGUUCCCCAACCGAGCAAUCCACUGAAAUCCUUCAACUGGUCCAAGAUACCGGAACAGAAGCUCCAAGGUACGAUUUGGUCCGAGCUCGACGACACGAAAUUGUACAACGUCAUGGAUUUGGAAUCGAUCGACAAGAUCUUUUGCGCCUAUCAGAAGAACGGCGUAUCCGCGGAAGGCUCCAUCGAAGAUCUCCGUACUCUGGGAAAGAAUAAGAAGACUAUGUCGGUGAUCGACUCGAGGAGAGCACAAAACUGUACGAUAUUAUUGUCGAAGCUUAAGAUGUCUGACAACGAGAUCACCAGGACGAUACUGUCGAUGGACCAACAGAACAUAUUACACAUCGACAUGGUCGAACAAUUGUUAAAGUACAUUCCGUCGUCGGAAGAAGCCGCUCUUUUGGACAUGCACCAAAAGGAAUUACAGAACAGGGCCGAUUGUUUCCUCUAUCAAAUUUCGAAAGUUCCUCACUACGAACAGAGACUGAGAUCGUUGCACUACAAGAAGAAAUUCUCGGCCAGUAUAGCAGAAUUAACGCCGAGAAUGCGAGCGGUUCUCGAAGCUAGUCGCCAAGUUGCGAGAUCCAGAAGACUUAGGAGACUGUUAGAACUGGUUCUGGCUCUUGGGAAUUAUGUAAAUCGCGGAAACGCUCGCGGUAACGCCUGUGGAUUUCGAUUAGCUUCUUUGAAUCGUCUAGUCGAUACGAAAUCUUCUUGCUCGAAAGGCACCACUCUUCUGCACUAUCUCGUGCAAAUCCUCGAAUCAAGGUUCCGCGAGGUUUUGGACAUCGAAGAGGAUAUGCCGCACGUUAGGACAGCUGCUAGAGUCAGCAUGGCUGAUCUUCAAAAGGAGGUGGCUAACUUGAAGAACGGUUUGCAGGACGUUCAAAGGGAAAUCGAAUUCCAUCGAGGCCAAUCUCAGGUGUUGCAAGGUGACAUGUUCUUGCCAGCUAUGAGAGACUUCCAGGCGCAAGCCACGUGUAGAUUGGCCGAAGCCGAGGACCUCUUCCAAGAUAUGAAGACCAGGUUCGACCGAGCUGUCAGGCUGUUCGGCGAAGACUCGGCGGGUGUACAACCGAACGAAUUCUUCGGUAUAUUCGAAAACUUCCUUCAAGCGCUUGCCGAAGCUAGACAGGACGUCGAAAACAUGAGAAAGAAGAUCGAGGAAGAGGAGCGUCGUGCUAAGCAGGAACAAGAGUUGCGAAAGAGGACGAUGGAAAGAAAGAAUUCUCGUGAAGGGAUAUUGAACAGUAUAUCGUUGAGUAAAAAGAACGAAGCUAACGGUAAUCAAGGAGACAACAAAGGGGAAUUCGACGAUCUCAUUUCUGCCCUUCGUACCGGAGACGUCUUUGGCGAAGACAUAGCCAAAUUUAAAAGAUCCAAACGUAGGCCGGUAACGCCAUGUGGUCAGGAAUCACGUAGGCACAGCGCUCAUAGAGAAGAUUCGCGAGAACGACAUUAGACCGCGCGGAAUUCAUUUUUGCUCGAAGAUGGCAAAAAGCAUGAGACGAAAGAAAGGACGAGUUCGUCAAAUUUCGAUAUAGAGAACUUUAGUUACGUCGAAAUAGAACUCUGAAGCUCUUUCCGAAGGACGAACUCGAACGUCCAUGGGAAUCCUUACGAUUAAUAACCACCCUAACUUGUGAUUAUAAUUUUAGAAAUGACGAGUCUUCAUACAAAUCGUAUUUCGCGAGAUCGGUGGUGCUACGUUGACCGUUUCCUAACAUAAUUCACAGACUGCGUAGAUAGAUUGUAUUCGCUCCUUAAAGUCGAAGAAGGAUCUUUACGAAGAUCCAGGAUUAAAAUACGAAUCGAUUUUCUUUGUAUAUAGAUCGUAAAGUUUUCGUGUUUGUUUAGGGGAGGAAAAAAGAAACAAAAAAUGUUCGGACCAAGACUUACCAGCUAAUACGAAUCAAAAACGUUUCAUCGACGUUGAUACCAAUCAAAAAAGGGACUGAUACACUUUUCUUUUUCCUCGUAACCAACGUUAUUCGUUCAGCAGGAAAAAUAUUGGAAAAACGGAGGCCUAUAAUUCACAGCGUUCGUUGUGUCGAGUAAUCCACAAGUCUGAAUUUUCUAUUGUUCCAUUAGAAAGAAAAAAACACCGAGAAUUUGUCAUCGACAAAUUUUGACGAUAGGGUUCGAUGUCUACGGACGAGAAUAUGCGAGGAACGAAUAAAAGAGACUCGAAUGAAAAUGGAGAUUAGAAAAUCCCGCUGUAUAGAAAUCGGUGUUUUGUAAGCUUUUGUACUUUUGUAAAUAUACACUAAUAUCGAUGUCUAUUUCUCGCAAAAAGUCUUAAGAAAACUUUUUUCUCGCGAGAAUCUCGAUAUCCGAUUUAAUAUAUUAAUUAUAUAUUACGCGUCUCUCACUGAUAUCACCAUGUAUUAAUAUUUGAGAAAAUAUAUCUAAUAAAAAAUUAA